AUGUUUCACUUUCGCGGCUACACCAAAUCCCAACGCGCCGGCAAGCUCAAGUCGUGGAUUUGGCGCUUUGGGUUUGACAUUGAGCAUCAAGACAACGGGGACAAUAGGCUGUGGGUAUGCGGGACCUGUUCGGUCAAGAAAUCGCCCCAAGGACCCCAAGCUUUGCAGCGAAGGGAACGACAAAUAUCGAGCGCCAUCUGCACGAUGCGCACCGCAUUUCUGGGCCGUUGGAAACGUCUGCCGAAAGGUACGACAACAAAGAAGCGCUCUAUCGCACAGUUCUUCGAGCUCGACGCAAACGACGGCAAAGAGCAGGCCUUGAUCAACACGCUCAAGAAUCACUUUGAUAAGAAUGUGUUCCAAUCACUCCUACUUGCUUGGAUCACCGAGUCAAAUGUUGCCUUUCGCGCCAUCGAAGCCCCUCGAUUCCGUUCUCUGCUCGACUAUCUCAAUCCUUCAAUUGGCCUGACCCAGUCACACAUGACUCACACGACCAUUCGGUCCAGGCUUUUCGAAGAGUAUCACCAAUACAAGGGCGUUGUGGUGAAGGAAUUGAAAGAGUGCCCCGGCCGUAUCCAUCUUGCGUUUGACGGCUGGAGAUCGCCCAAUCGGCACGCUGUGUACGGGAUUGCUGCGUUCUACCUGUCCAAGGAAAAGCGCCCACAAAAAAUACUUCUCGGAAUGCCUGAGUUGCGGCAGUCCCAUACUGGAGAGAACAUCGCUUCUCAGGUGGCAGAAGUCAUCACCUCGUUCGAGAUACAGGAUAAGAUUGGCUACUUCACGUUGGAUAACGCGGAGAACAACGACACCGCGAUGAGGGCCCUGGACGACGAGGUCUUCGAUUCAGAAGAUCGUCCGAUCGGCAAACUCCACAAUCUCGUCCAUUGA